UAUUACCCAUCAAAAACUUGACUAUAAAACGAACUUGCAAAAAUUAUAUAGUUUAAGUCUGAUUUGUUCAAACAAACUGAGAAGAUGUCUAAGCUGAUCAUUUUACUCGUUAUCGCAUUUAUUAUUGUAAACACAUCCAAUGGAUCACCAGUUACUCCAGCUCCAACAACCUGCAAUGUGAAUGAAGUUUACCUACCUCAAGGAAAGGCACCAAACUGUGAUACUGUUUGCAAUACAUUAGGAGAGAAAUGCAAUGUAAAUUUCAUAUGGGCACCAUUUGGUUGUUAUUGUGUUGAGGGUUAUGCUAGAGAUGGUAACAAUAUGUGCAUACCAAUAAGACAAUGUCCACCAAAGAACUCAAAUCCUUGCAAUAGUUGUUAGAAGAAAAUAAAUUU